AUGGCUGGCACCAUCCCCGUCUCCGCACCGAGUUUUGUCACGGUGACAUUGACACCGGCACCGGGCAUCCACAUUGGAGGUGCUUCCGGAGCGCCAGAGUCGUCUUCCGCAGCAGUGAAGUCCAAGACGCUGCGUGUACCUGUCACCGCUUCGACGACGGUGCGCGAGCUGGCUAAGGGCGCCGUAAUGCGCUACCUCCUCUCCCUGCGUCGCACCGCGAAGGAGUCCGAUGGUGUCCUGCGUCAUCUCUGCCACGCCGGGAUCGCUGUCACGGAUGUCUACCUUUUGCUCUCCAGUGACGCCUCGCGAACGACUACGCUCGAGGGGGAGGAGGCAGGCAGCAGCGAUGGUGGUGGCGCGUUGCCCGUCCACAUGGUCGAGCUUCUCUACGAUGACUGCGUGGUGCAGGUGGUGCAGGUGAUGAAGGAGACAGUCCACAUGUGCUUCCAUGCGGCGAACGCUGCCGCAGCGAAGAAGAGCACAACCUCGUCGGAGCAGGUGGUUGCAGCUGCAGGAGUGCAGAGCACCGAUGAGGACAGAAUCACAACGGUGGAUGCCCUGACAGAAGAGAGAGCAGAGAAGUCCAACUCUAUCAGCAUUGUCGCACUACCCGUCGCUGUUGCUGCCAGUGGCGCUACCCGUGACGGCCCAGACGUGCUGAAUAGAGACGAGGCCAUCAAGAACGCAGUGUCUUCUCCCUGUGUAUCGGUUUCGGUCUCAGAUACUGCGCAAGCGAGCAGCAGCACGCCGGUCGUCGUCAGGCAGCGCAGCAAGAAGACUGCGCACAGGGUCGACAGUACCGAGGAGGAGAGUCGCUCGGGGGAGGAGGAGGGGGCGAAAGAGAAAGAGGAGUGGCAGAACAUUGCGCUGUCGAUUGCAACGCUGCGUGAGCGCGAGUCACAGCGCAUUCGAUGGGGCCCAGACGCUCACAAGCACUUCGCCGCCAACUACGUGUCAAGCCCGGAGAAGAUUAUGAUCGGUCGGUUCAAGUGUGGCCGCCGCCGGCCACCGGCGGUACAGUUGCAUCCGACACCAAAUUCGUCUUCGACAUCGUCUCAGGGCUCCGUCUCGGACAUGCGGUCGCCGAGGUCUUUGAGGGACACCAAGAACGCCACCGAGACCUGUAGCGGCAGUCUGUCACCACGACCGGUGGGAGCUCAAGAGACGGACACCGAAGAAGACCAGCACUGGCAUCAACGGCAUGAGCACCGACACUCACCACAACACCCGUGCAAGCACCACCGCUGCAACGGUGAUUUCUCUCCGCGCAACAAGAGCAGCAGCAUCAAUCCCACACCCGAGGUGCUGAUCUCGACCGCCACGACGGAGCCCCAGCGCUCACAGGUGACAGCUACUCCAUCAGCUCUCACUGUAAAGAAGAUGUAUUCAGCGGCUGAAGAGGCGACGGUGGAGGGGCGGUCGCUAUCUCUCAAUAGCAAUCGGCAAGAAUCUCUUCUGUACUCUGCCGCUACACCGGUGGGCACUGCUGCGCGCACCGGCACGUCGCCCUUGCUCUCCAGCACUGUUGCAAAGCCUGUUGUAGCGGUUGUCGCUCGCCAGCUCAGCUAUGAGGAGGAUGGUACUACAGCGCUGAAGCACUGCUCAGCAGUGACCAAGCAUUCAGAAGCCACUCCAGUGUGUAGGGUGCAGCGUGAGAUUCAGGGAUAG